GUUCCGAAGUCUUGAAAAUACUCGAACCGAAACCUGAACGUUCAACUUUCGAGCCAAUAAAAUUCAAAACAAUCAUCAGGAUCUGCGCCGGACCAUGUCAGCAACAAAGGUAAAACAUGAAACAGAACCCCAUCUCGCCAGCUUCUCACCAGAUUUUUUGUGCAAAGAGAUGUCGAGCUCUGAUAGUCUUUGUACUCUCCGCUCUGCCCCUUCUUCAGACAGCUGCUCCUUCCCCAUCCCCGCAACCCUGGUCCUUGUCUCCCGCCCCAACCGGCCACCACAGUAAACCAUGUCAGGCGCCACUUGGCUCGUGCUGUUGGUACGAUCGUUGGCAGACGAAUCUCAUGUCCAGGUCACCCUGUCCAUGAUUUUGCUGACAGUCACUCAAUGGUCACGUCAAUGGUGCAGUAGUCCAGGGUCUGGUGUUGAAAUCAGAGGAGCGGCUGUAACCUUUUGUCCAACAGGGCAAGAGCACAGCUUGUGCAUUUCUUGUCUGACAUCAUCUCACUGACUCCGGUCAAUCGUUAAACCAAACGAUCGUUCAGCGUAGUGGGCAAGUUACCUUUUUCAUAUGACAGGUUUGCAUCUUCAUUCGAACCGUCAAUCUGGUCAAGCUUUCCUUUUGACAGCCGAGGUUAAGUUACAUUCAAUACUCAUAGGAGGGUACCGACGAUCUUUAACUCGAUUUUCGAUUACUUCUGACUUCAUUCAUACUUCAUAUAUCGUAUAGUAUUUUUUCAUGUCACAUAAAGAACAUAGCUAGUGUACUCGAGUAAAGACAAGACAAGGUAACAGAUGUAGCUCAAAAAAGACAAUUUAUGAGGGCCAGUGACAAUUAUGGAUAUCCAUGAUGGUGAUGAUGUAACGGCAG